AUGUCAAUUGUCAAAAUGAGAAUUUUAUUAUCCAUCACACUGUUGUGGAGGAAGCUAGUGCAGAAUAAUUUGAGUGCAUAAUCAUAAAAAUAUCGUGAAUAUCUUAAAAAUAGUGAAGUAUUGAAUAUUUUAUCCAUACAACAAUAUCUGAGGCAAACAACUUCAAGAAUAAUUAUAAGUGUAUUUUAUGUAUACACGUAUAUAUAUAACCUAUAUAAAUCAGAUAGCAGCGUUUAAGUAGUUCUAUUUGUACUAAAAUGUCCGAUUCGGAGGGUAGCAAUUUUUCUGAUAAUGAAAACGCGUCCGACGCUGGCUCUAUACGUUCUCGAAGUUCAAGAGGUAGUGUUAGAAGUAGAUCGAGAUCUCCUUCCAGAUCUAGAUCUAGAUCCCUUUCAAAAAGUAGAUCUAGAUCACCUUCAAGGGGUUCUAGAGCGUCUCGUUCUGUAUCUCGGUCUAGAUCACGUUCUAGAUCCAGAUCUAGAUCACGUUCAAGAAGCAGAUCUGCUAAAUCUGGAUCAGAAGCUAGAGAGGCUUCAGGUCCCGAAGAUGUUGCAGAAGAAGAGGAACCAGAUGGAGAUAGUUUGCGUUCUGAUGAAUAUGAUAGUGAAGAAGAUGAAAGUGAUGAUGGCGGAAGGGCUAAAAAACGAAAAAAGAAUAAAGACAGAUAUGGAGGAUUUAUUAUUGAUGAAGCUGAGGUAGAUGAUGAAGUAGAAGACGAAGAUGAAUGGGAAGACGGGGCUCAAGAAAUUGGUAUUGUACCUAAUGAAGUGGAUGAAUUUGGACCCACUGCAAGAGAAAUUGAAGGGAGAAGAAGAGGCACUAAUUUAUGGGAUGCCCAAAAAGAAUCCGAAAUUGAGGAAUAUCUUAAGAGAAAAUAUGCUGACGAUAGUGCAGCUAUUAAACAUUUUGGAGAUGGAGGUGAAGAAAUGUCUGAUGAAAUUACUCAACAAACACUGUUGCCAGGUGUAAAGGAUCCAAACUUGUGGAUGGUAAGAUGUCGAAUAGGGGAAGAAAAAAAUAUUUGUCUACUGCUUAUGCGCAAAUUUCUCACUUACCAAAAUACAAAUCAACAACUACACAUAAAAUCAGUGGUAGCACCUGAAGGAGUUAAAGGUUACAUAUACAUCGAGGCUUAUAAGCAGCCCCACGUCAAAACGGCCAUUGAAAAUGUAGGACAUUUAAAAAUUGGUAUCUGGAAACAGCAGAUGGUUCCUAUUAAGGAAAUGACUGAUGUUUUGAGAGUAGUUAAAGAACAAACUGGUUUAAAAUCCAAACAGUGGGUACGUUUAAAGAGAGGUCUUUAUAAAGAUGACAUUGCUCAAGUAGACUAUUUUGAUAUGGCUCAAAAUCAAGUUCAUUUAAAACUAUUGCCUAGGAUUGAUUAUACACGACCUAGAGGAGCUUUAAGGACAGCACAAACAGAAUCUGAUGCAGAUAAACGGAAAAAGAAGCGUCGUCCGGCAAGCAAACCGUUUGAUCCUGAAGCUAUAAGAGCUAUAGGAGGUGAGGUAACGUCUGAUGGUGACUUUUUAAUUUUUGAAGGAAACCGUUACUCCCGCAAGGGAUUUCUCUAUAAAAAUUUCACACUUAGUGCAGUUAUAACAGAUGGAAUAAAACCUACUUUAGCCGAAUUAGAAAGAUUUGAAGAACAACCGGAAGGUAUUGAUUUAGAGCUAUCUGCAGAUAAAGAAGAAAAAGCAGUUACACAUUCGUUUAGUGCUGGUGAUAAUGUGGAAGUGUGCGAAGGUGAAUUGAUUAAUUUGCAGGGUAAAAUCAUCAGUAUAGAUAGUCACAUGAUUGUAAUAAUGCCGAAACAUGAAGAUCUAAAAGACUCUUUAUCCUUCCGACCUAAUGAAUUAAAAAAGUAUUUCAAAACCGGAGAUCACGUCAAGGUAUUAGGAGGACGAUACGAAGGAGACACAGGUUUAGUGGUCAGAGUUGAAAACAAUAGGGUGGUCGUAAUAUCUGAUUUGACUAUGCACCAAAUGGAGAUUUUACCAAAAGAUCUACAACUAUGUACCGACAUGGCUAGCGGUGUUGAUUCUCUGGGUAAAUUCGAAUGGGGAGAUUUGGUCAAUCUAGACGCUGAAACGGUUGGAGUUAUCAUCAGAUUGGAAAAGGAAAAUUUUAACGUUUUAAAUAUGCACGGCAAAGUUGUGGAAUGUAGACCUGGAUCGUUACAAAAAAAACGUAUCCAUAAAAAUACAGCUGCUUUAGAUUCUUACAGGAACAAUUUGCAUCGUAGGGAUAUGGUGAAAGUCAUAGACGGACCACAUUCAGGUUUUUCUGGAGAAAUUAAACAUCUAUACAGGAAUUUCGCCUUUUUGUAUUCCGUGGAAUUUUUACACAACGGUGGUAUAUUUGUGUGUAAAACAAAACAUCUUCAGUUAGCCGGGGGUAGCAAACAUAUACCUUCAGGUGAAAUGUCAGUAGGAAUGGAGUUCAUGUCACCUAGGAGGAGUUCUCCUAUGCAUCCCUCCAGUGGAGGCGGCGGAUUCGGCGGUGGCUUUGGAGGAAGACCUGCAGGUGGUCCAGGUAGAGGUAGAGGCGCAAGAGAUAGAGACAUUAUAGGUACUACCAUCAAAAUUACCAGAGGACCUUAUAAAGGAAAUAUUGGUAUUGUAAGGGAUACAAAUGAAAAAACCGCAAGAAUAGAAUUACAUACAUCAUGUCAAACAAUAUCAGUUGACAAAAACCACAUCACUGAUGCCGGAACUCCAAGCAGCAGAGAUGGCAGUGCUUCGACUUAUGGUAGAACUCCAGCAUACGCUGGAAAUCAAACUCCAUUGUACAGAGAUUCUGGUAAUAAAACACCUAUGUGCGAUUCUGGUUCCCGUACACCUUUACAUUAUGGUUCUAUGACACCAAUACAUGAUGGUUCUAGAACACCUAAUGCUAGUUCAGAAUGGGAUCCAGCGGUAUCCAACACUUACCCUUCACCUGGAUACAAUCCAAGUACUCCAGGAUAUCAAGUAAAUGGUCCUUACACGCCCCAAACUCCAGGAACUAUGUAUGAUGCAGGUUACAGCCCUUACCAAGCUAGUCCGGGCUAUCAGAGCGCAAUUUCCACUCCCAGUCCUGGUACUGGAUACGGACAAUCACCAGCUUCAAGUAAUAAUCCCUACAGUACCCCUAGUUCAGCAUAUAGUCCUAAUAUGCCCUACAAUCCACAGACACCUGGAGCCGGAUUGGAUAUGCUACCUAUGACAGAUUGGCAUACAGUUGAUAUUGAAGUUAGAAUUCGAGAUAGUCAUGAUGAUAAAGGUUUAGUAGGACAGACUGGAGUUAUAAGAAGUAUUUCAGGGGCUAUGUGUACAGUUUUCCUCCCUGCUGAAGAUAGGGUGGUUAAUAUUAUGUGUGAUCACCUAGACCCAGUGAGGCCUCAAAGAGGUGAUCAAUUUAAAGUUAUUAUUGGCGAAGAAAGAGAACAAACUGGUGAACUACUAUCUAUAGAUUUACACGAAGGAGUUGUGAAGAUUAAAAACGAUAUUACAAUGUUGCCGUUACAGAAUCUGUGUAAGAUGAGACCUCCCGAUCAUUAACUCAGAAAAAAGUUAACUCUUACUUUAUUUUGUUGAAAACUGUAUUUUUUUAUUGGGAAGUAAGUUGCAUAUAUUUUAGUUAUUAAAUGCAUGUCUGAAAAGAUUUAUGUGGAAUUGAAUAUCGUACAAGUAUGUCAAAUAUAAAAAUUUAAGUAAUAA